UGCAGAUUGCCGACAAAUAUUUGUGAAAGACUGUGCAAUAAGUCCAUCCAUGAAAUUUUCUUGCAACUAAAUAUUCAAUGGUCAACUGUUAGUGGAAUUAUAACAAAGUGGAAGCAACUGGGAACAACAGCAACUCAGCCACCAAGUGGUAGGCCAUGUAAAAUGACAGAGUGGGGUCAGCGCAUGCUGAAGUGCGCAGAAGUAGCCAACUGUCUGCAGAGUCAAUAGCUAAAGACCUCCAAACUUCAUGUGGCCUUCAGAUUAGCACAACAACAGUGUGUAGAGAGCUUCAUGGAAUGGGUUUCCAUGGCCAAGCAGCUGCAUCCAAG